GGGGCAGGGGAAGGCAGAGGCGUUGAGCGUGUCUGUCUGGGGAACUAAGAGCAGCAGCACUUUCAGAUUCAGUCCACAUAGAGCUGUCCGCCAGGCUUCCAGGAACCCAGGGAUGCGUGGCCUACAAAGGGGCUGGAAGUGAUUGCCCUCUGAUGGGCUCUUUCUAAGGAGAGGGAGUCCUGCAAGAGAGCGCCCCACCAGAGAAGAGAAGGAAUGGUCAAGUUGUGAGUUUUAGAUGGUUGCUGCUGUACUUGGACCUCGGGCAAGAUGUCUGGCAAGAGCUAGGCUCACCAGCCCACACAGAUCCUGAUGGCAUGCUUGUCCCCUGGGAAGCUCCUCUGGGAAAGCAAGAUGCCUGUCAAUGGCACUGCCCUGUCGUGGGCCACCGCUACCUACAUCACUGUGGAGAUUCUCAUUGGGCUCUGCGCCAUAGUGGGCAACGUAAUGGUCAUCUGGGUGGUCAAGCUGAACCCCAGCCUGCAGACCACCACCUUCUAUUUCAUCAUCUCCCUAGCCCUGGCAGACAUUGCUGUUGGCGUGCUGGUCAUGCCUUUGGCCAUUGUCAUUAGCCUGAGCAUCACAAUCCACUUUUAUAGCUGCCUUCUCAUGACCUGCCUGCUGCUUGUCUUCACCCAUGCCUCCAUCAUGUCUUUGCUGGCCAUUGCUGUGGACCGAUACCUGCGGGUCAAGCUCACGAUCAGAUCUAGGAUUCCUGAGAUCCCUGGGUACAUCGUGUCAUUCCAGUUAAAGGUUCACUUCCUUCUGGUCAUGAGGCUCUUCAUUCUGCUCUCCUUGAUGGUCUUUUCAGAUGCCAUGGUCAUGGACGAAAAGGUCAAGGAAAGCUUUGUGCUGGACACGGCUUCUGCUGUCUGCAGCUAUGAUGCCUACUAUAAGGACCACCCCAAGUACUGGUGCCGAGGCUAUUUCCGGGACUACUGCAGCAUCAUCGUCUUCACACCCAACAGUACUGACCGCGUGGCCCUGAGGGACACAGGAAGCCAGCUCAUUGUCACUGUGUCCUGCCUGACCGAGGAGGAUGCAGGCUGGUACUGGUGUGGCAUCCAGCGGGUCUUUGCCAGGGAUGACAUGGAUUUUACCGAGUUGGUGGUGACUGACAACAGAAGAUCAGCCCUGGCCAAUGACUUUUGGUCCAGGAAAGACCCAUCUGGCAACAGGAACAGAAGCUGCAGGGCUUCCAAAGUUGUCCACAAGGCAGAUCACUCCAUGACGUCCAUUCUCAUCAUCUGCAUGUUGAUCUCGGGUUUGGGGAUUAUCUCUAUAAUCAGUCAUUUGUCAAAAAGGAGGAGAAGUCAAAGGAAUAGAAGGGUAGACCACUCUUUGAAGCCCCUCUCACGUGUCCUGCCUCCAAAGGAAAUGGCUCGUACUGAACAGAUGACUGAAGAUUUCUUUCAUUUGGUUCAUAAAGUGAUGCUACAACAGAAUCACCAUGACAACCGACCCACAUCUAGAGGACUGAUUCUGACCUCUCAGUGUUGUGAAGGACCCUCUCAACUUGGCAGCAAUCAUUUGCCACUUGGUGGAGAGCUCCAAGCUGCUCAACAGCCUGAUGGGAAGGGGUGGGGUGUGGACACCAUCCUGUUCCUGCCAUCCUCCGUGUUUCCAUCCAGCUGA